AUGCGAAAAAAACCAAGAGAAACUUAUAUACUAAUAGAGGUAUGUGAAAAUGAUAUUGAUUGUCGUAUUUGUUUAAUUGAUGAAAGUAAUAGUUAUGUUGUUAAAACAAGCUGCAAACAUAUUUUUCAUAAAGAAUGUAUCGAUGAAUGGUUAAAGGAAAAAGAAAAUUGUUCACUUUGUAGAACUAUUAUUAGAAAUAAAGUUUCAGAAAAAUCUGAAAUAACUGAAAUUAUGACUUUGACGUUCAUUGAAAAAUCAAUAGAUAAUUUUGCUUUACAAAAAUACACGAAAGAAUGUGUGAAAAAAAAUCCAAGCGAAGAACAUACAAAAAUGGAAAAUGAAUCUACAAUGAAUAAUGAAGAAGUUAUAAGUGGAGAAAAAUCCAUCACUCAAAGAUAA